AAUGUGCACUGAAUCAGAAAAACCGAGGACUGGAGCUUAAGUGUGUGGAUUUUCACACUGUAAUAAGGUUCUAAAUAUUUCAUAUAAAAGUAAAAUGGCUGUAAUUCGUUAGUCUUAAGUUCUUUUUAGUCUUAAGUGCUGUUUGAAGAAAUUGUUCUGAUGUGUUUGUGAGUCUGUGCACAGCUCUGAGAUUUGUAAACAUCAUGUUGUUUACAUUCAUACUUUUAUGGAGUCACAAUAUGUUGUGUGUAACAGCUGAUGAGAGUAUGGUGAUGGUUCCUGGUGGGAACCUGAAAAUAGGAACAAAUGCUGCUGAUGGCCGAGAUGGAGAAUCCCCUGAAAGAGCUGUGAAAGUCGAGAGCUUUAAGAUGGACAAAUAUCCUGUAACUAACUCUGAUUUCAGGGAAUUUGUUAAAUUGCAAAAAUAUCAAACAGAGGCUCAAAAAUUUGGAUGGAGUUUUGUCUUCCAGGAUUUUGUCUCUGAGGAGCUGAAAAGCAAAAUCACUCAGAGGAUUGAGUCUGCACCCUGGUGGCUGCCAGUUGAGAAAGCAUUUUGGAGACAGCCAAAUGGACCAAAUUCUACCAUCAAACGGCGUCUAGACUCUCCAGUGGUGCAAGUGAGCUGGAAUGAUGCUCAGGCUUACUGUAAGUGGAAGAAGAAGAGGCUGCCCACCGAACAGGAGUGGGAAAUAGCUGCACGUGGAGGGCUAGAUGGAAGAACGUACCCAUGGGGCAACAAGUUUCUCCAGAAUCGCACCAAUUUGUGGCAGGGGUCUUUCCCAGAAGGAGACACAGCUGAAGAUGGUUAUCAUGGUGUAGCUCCAGUAACUGCAUAUCCUCCACAAAAUAAUUAUGGACUGCAUGAUAUGUUGGGGAAUGUCUGGGAGUGGACGUCUACACCUUUUACAUCUCCUCAGGUCAUGUACGUCCUGCGUGGGGCGUCAUGGAUCGACACGGUCGAUGGUUCAGCCAAUCACAAGGCGCGGGUCACAACCCGAAUGGGAAACACACCAGAUUCAGCGUCAGACAACUUGGGCUUUCGUUGUGCGUCGGACUUCAAGACUAAAAAACAAAGCAAGAGCAAAGGAAAAACAGAGUUGUGAGGACCUAAUGGAUAAAUCAAUGAUUUUGUCAGCAGUCAGACGCUUUAAUAAUGCAUCUCUCCUGUGGAGACCAGAACCAGACAUUGAUUAUGAAAAAUCAUUCCAUUUAACACUGUGAAAAUAAAAAACAGCAUUUUGAAA